GUGAUCUUCGUUUACCGUCCACCGUCGUAGUUCACGUUUCGCACUACCACACUCGUUGGCCGUUACCAUGUUCUCCUUUCCAUUAGGCUUGUUCCCCAAUUGGAGUUGGUUCUGUAUCUUUUUGGCGCUCUUUUUGUUUCGAUAUGUCAGACUAUGGGUUAACCUGGCGAGCAACUGGACCUACACGCCCAUCCAGCCAGUCGAUGACCCGACCAUCACAUCCAAGGACAUGACUGUCAUCAUCCCGACAGUUGCCGAAAACCUUCAGCAGUUGAAAGAGACGGUCCAAAGCGCAUACCGUCUCGAGCCAUUGGAACUUCUCCUCGUCACACCCGACUCGCGAGUGAAGCGUGUGUAUCAGAUGGUGGAAGAGCUGGGCAGCCCCAAGAUCAUCCAAGUCCUAUCAGUCAGUCAGGCCAACAAGCGUCGACAGCUAUGCCGAGCCAUCCCCGAAGUCGAGACCAAGAUUACCCUCCUCCUUGACGACGACGUGUGGUUACCCGAGAAGUUUACCAAAUGGAUUCUUGCCCCCUUUGAGGAUCCACGUGUUGGAGGUGUUGGUACCAACCAGCAGAUCCGCCGCUUCAACCGCUCCAACAUCUGGGAGUUCUUGGGUGCCAUCUACCUGGUCAGGAGGAACUUUGACUGUACAGCUUGCAACUGGAUAGACGGUGGCCUACCAUGCUUGUCUGGACGCGCGGUUGCCUAUCGUUCCGAGAUCCUACAAGACCCCAAUUUUACCUACGGCUUCACACAUGAGACAUGGGGCAGCGAUCAUUUCUUGAAUGCCGAUGACGACAACUUCAUCACGCGCUGGUUGUUUUCACACAACUGGAAGAUCCAGAUGCAAAACCACCGCGAGUGCGAGGUCGAGACAACACUCGAGGACGACUCGAAGUAUCUGCGUCAAUGUCUGCGUUGGGUCCGCUCCAAUUGGAGGAGCAACCUGACUAGCUUGACAGAGGGUUACAUGUGGAUGGUGA